GCAGGAGCGGGACUCCUUGCCGCCGCCAUGAUCGCGGUCGUGCCCGGCUACAUCUCCCGAUCCGUUGCCGGCUCUUACGACAACGAAGGCAUCGCCAUCUUCUGCAUGCUGCUGACGUACUACAUGUGGAUCAAGGCCGUCAAAACCGGCUCCAUUUAUUGGGCAGCCAUGUGUGCUCUCGCCUAUUUCUACAUGGUCUCCUCGUGGGGCGGCUACGUCUUCCUCAUCAACCUCAUCCCCUUGCACGUCCUCGUGCUGAUGCUCACCGGCCGCUUCUCCCACAGGAUCUACGUCGCCUAUUGCACCGUCUACUGCCUCGGGACCAUCCUCUCCAUGCAGAUCUCCUUCGUUGGCUUCCAGCCUGUCCUCUCCUCGGAGCACAUGGCCGCCCUCGGAGUCUUCGGCUUGUGCCAGAUCCACGCUUUCGUGGACUACCUGCGGAGCAAGCUCAACCCCCAGCAGUUCGAGAUCCUCUUCAGGAGCGUCAUUUCCCUCGUCGGCUUCGUCCUCCUCACCAUCGGCGCCGUGCUGAUGCUGACAGGGAAAAUCUCCCCGUGGACGGGGCGUUUCUACUCCCUGCUGGACCCUUCCUACGCCAAGAACAACAUCCCCAUCAUCGCCUCCGUCUCCGAGCACCAACCCACCACGUGGUCCUCUUACUACUUCGACCUCCAGCUCCUCGUUUUCAUGUUCCCAGUGGGGCUGUAUUACUGCUUCAGCAACCUCUCGGACGCCCGCAUCUUCAUCAUCAUGUACGGCGUGACCAGCAUGUAUUUCUCGGCCGUGAUGGUGCGGCUGAUGCUGGUGCUGGCCCCGGUGAUGUGCAUCCUCUCCGGCAUCGGCGUUUCUCAGGUGUUGUCCACCUACAUGAAGAACCUGGACAUCAGCCGGCCGGACAAGAAGAGCAAGAAGCAGCAAGACUCCACCUACCCCAUCAAAAACGAAGUUGCCAGCGGCAUGAUCCUGGUCAUGGCUUUCUUCCUCAUCACCUACACCUUCCAUUCCACCUGGGUGACCAGCGAGGCCUACUCCUCUCCGUCCAUCGUGCUGUCCGCCCGGGGCGGCGACGGCAGCAGGAUCAUCUUCGAUGACUUCAGAGAAGCUUAUUACUGGUUGCGUCACAACACGCCGGAG